CGGAAAAUGUAAUGCAAGAUACUCUUUCCCCACAUGCAUGUAGUAUCAACUUAUCACUAUCGUACGAGUCAGUAUGCGUAUGCCUAUCAGGCCCUUAUCUCCUCAGUGCUUCUGUAGCAUGGGAGCCCCGUCCGUGAUCCAGUACCGGCACGCAGGGGUAUAGAUAGGCCGAAUACGAUACGCCUACUUACAAAUAAACACAAGACAUACCAUGUAUUUACUCGCAGAUCCGAACGUGUCCGUCAUGAUCAUGAGAUGAGCUUGACAUCCAGACUACCAACCACCUAGCCAUAUCCAAAAUGCCAGAAACUUGGGACGACCCCUCGUGGCCCCCAGGCACGGUCCGCAUCGAACUGCUCACCCAAGACGAGCCCACCCAAAUCAUCCUACAACCACGCCCGACCGCCAACCCUAAUGACCCGCUCAACUGGCCCCAAUGGCGCAAGUACCUCAACUUCGGCAUGGCCAUCUUCUACGCCCUCAUGGUAUACGCGCAAAUCAACGCCACGGGCCCCACCUGGGGUCCCAUGGGCGACGAGCUAAACUUCAGCACCGAGACGCUGAAUAACACCUACGCCAUCGGGUGCGCGACCUUGGCAUUGGGCGCGUUCAUGUUGGUUCCGUUUGCGCUCAAGUACGGACUAAGACCGAUUUACAUCUUGAGCAGUGCCGCGCAGUUGGGGGUUAUGGUGUGGGCCGCUCAUACGCGCACGGCGGGGGAUUGGUGGGGGAUUAAUGCGUUGCAGUGCUGGUUGGGAUCGCUGGGGGAGUGUUUGGUGCAGAUGACGGUCGCGGAUGUGUUUUUUGUGCAUCAACGCGGUUUGAUGAACUCCAUUUAUGUUUGGGUGGCCAAUGUGGGUGGAAAUCUCGCCGUGGUUGCCUCGGGAUUCAUUACGGAAUCAAUGGGCUGGCGGUGGGUCUGGUGGUGGUGCGCUAUUCUGUUCGGGAUCCAGCUCGUCAUGUUCAUUUUUGGAUUUGAGGAGUCCAAGUUUGACUGGCGUGGGGCCGUUCAGGGGACUCCAUGGGGGGAAGAUGUUGUGUUGAGCGACAAGACGAUUGGGGACAAGGUUGCGGUUGAUCCUGAGAAGCACGCGUCGUCGGAGCCAUCGCCGGUUCUCAGUAUUGUCCAGAUCGAUCCCAGCAUUCCUCGAAAGACGUACUGGGAAAUGCUUCUGGGGACGACCACGACAAAAGGCCCAUGGCAGUUGUUCGCAAGACAUGGCUACCAACCCUUUCUCAUCCUGUUCACCAUCCCGGGAGUGGCGUACAUGUCUCUGGUCUACGCCGUGCUCCUCGCUUGGUCCACGGUAUUUUCAGCAGCACUAAGCACUUAUAUGAUCGAAGCACCGUACAACUUCUCCUCGUCGCAGAUCGGACUCAUGAACUUGGCCCCUUUUAUCGGCAACACACUCGGGUCUGUCAUUUGUGGUCCACUCAGCGACCAAGUGAUUCUCAAACUUGCGCGACGAAACAACGGCAUAUACGAACCCGAAAUGCGACUUUGGCUUUUCGUGCCCUUUAUCCCUUUCCAGGUUGCCGGUGCGUUCUGGUUUGGCUAUGCUCUGCAAGACGGUCAGUCUUGGGUCAACGUGGCUCUGGCAUUCGGCAUCUGCAAUUUCGGCACAGCACCGAUUUCCAGCAUUGCCCUCACGUACAUGACGGAUGCAUACAACGAGAUCAUCGGUGACGCUCUGGUUGCCCUCACCUUUUCGAGAAACACCUUGAGCACCAUCUUCGUCUUCGCCAUGACACCGUGGAUCGCCGAUGUUGGCAUGGCCAACGUUUUCAACACAAUCGGUGCCAUCGGGUCCGCCGUCUUGGUUUUCGCUUUUGCCUUCAUCUGGAAGGGCAAGGAGUGGCGUUUCAAGAACGCCAAACGCUACAAACACUAUGCUGCGAGGCAGUUCGACCCGCGGCCCAUACAAAACUAACUGUCCAGCAUGUUUGUGGGUGUUGAAUAAACAAUGGUGUACGGGGGAUAGUAGGAAAAGUGUUUGAAGUGGAUUGUAUUAAUGUUAUUGAAUAAGAACUACCAGCUAGGUGUUACGUCGAGGGGAGGCUUUAUCAUGAAGCUUGACCCCAAUUUGUAAUAUGGGUUGGUGAUCAUAGCCAUCCUUGAGCCAGCGAGUCUAAAGAAAUCCACUACGUCUAGUGGAUAGUACCAGUGUGAAGAAUCACCUGUCAUUCGAGACAGUAGCCCAAUACCACGCCUUUUCCUCAGAGCCAGAUGAACAUGAGGUGUCUCCCACUGCCACCAUGUGAUCCGUGGGAUCUGGUUCAGUAUCAAAACUUAGGCCAUUUUCCAGGUCCUGGGAAAUAUCGCCAGCGAAGAGUCUGGUGAAGUAACAAAGUCAGACAUCGUUAUUUUCUUGGCAAGAUACCGCCC